UGUUGAAUCCUUAUUCACAAUGCUUUACUUUCAGUUGGUGAUCAUGGCAGGGACUGUCAUGCUGGCAUACUACUUUGAGUAUACAGAUACUUUCAACGUGCACAUCCAGGGAUUUUUCUGUCAUGACAAUGCCUAUACGAAGCCCUAUCUCGGACCAGAGGAGUCCAGUGCGAUCCCACCAGCCAUCCUGUAUGCGGUGGUCGCAGGGGUCCCAGCACUCGUGAUUACAGUGACAGAAUCCGUGCUCUUCUUGCUGCAGUAUGUCUCAGAAGAUCUGGACAAUCGUGAGAAGAUCAUUGUGAUGGGCGACUGUUGUUAUCUCAACCCUCUGGUCCGAAGGACAUUUCGUUUUCUUGGUGUGUACGCAUUUGGCCUCUUUGCCACAGAUAUCUAUGUAAAUGCCGGGCAGGUGGUAACAGGAAAUCUGUCUCCAUACUUCCUGACGGUGUGCAAACCCAACUACACAGCACUGGGGUGCCAACAGGUGGUGCGUUUCAUCAACCAACAGGAAGCCUGCACAGGCAAUGAAGAUGAUAUCUUACAAGCUCGCAAAUCCUUCCCAUCCAAAGACGCGGCCAUCAGUGUUUAUGCAGCUCUUUACAUUGCUAUGUACAUCACAUGCUCGGUGAAGGCCAAAGGGACACGGCUGGCCAAGCCGGUGCUCUCUCUGGGGCUCAUUUGUCUGGCCUUCCUAACUGGGAUUAAUCGAGUGGUGGAGUACCGCAACCACUGGUCUGAUGUCAUUGCUGGCUUCAUCAUCGGAGGAGCCAUUGCUGUCUUCAUGGUGGUGUGUGUGGUGAAGAAUUUCAAAGGGAAGCCCUUACUAAGUGUGAUACCGCCGGAGGAGUCUGUGUCCAGUGGUCCCAUGAUCACUCAGCCUAGCAUGGAGCACACUAUGGAGAAAUACAUAGCAUCCCAGAAUCCCAUCACCUAUGCUGAGAUCACAUGACAGUGAAAAGCCAUCAAGCCACAAUGCUGUGGAUAAUGUUGCUGCUCUCCAAUGCAUCUUUUUACUUUGUGUGCAAUGCCUAUAUGUGCUAUUUUUUACACUUCCAUUUUUAAGUGUGUCAAAAAAAUAAAUACAAAUCUAUACCUUGAUGUACUCCUUUUAACCCCCUUUUUUGUUAUCCCUACUUUUAUUCAAACAUAUUACUGUUUGCAUUUUUUUGUGGUUGAAUAUACAGGGUAUGGAGUGAAUGAGAAAAUGCAACAUGAUGUCAUAUGAAAUGUAUAAUGUAUAACAUAUCCUGAUGUACUAUUUACAACUGUGAGUCCAUUUCUGAAUUUACAAGAGGUUUCUGGCUGACAAGAAGAAUUGUUGUUGAUUCUCAUAUCAGGUUCUUCUAUGAUUUGGUCUGAUGCUAGAUUUGUAAUUAUUUUCUGCCUGCCAUAACAUAUCACAUCAACACAACACAUUUUUCAGAGAAGCAGAUUGUUUCAGUGUUGCAUCAGAUGCUAUUCUAUGUAUUUUAAAGCAUGUUUAAAUCCCCAGUAAUGUUUAGUUAUGAUUUGCUAAUUGCUAGAGGAAACAGUAUUGUGGGAGGGACAUUCUCAUUCUAGCAAGCAUCUGAUUGGUCAAAACACAAUUUGAGUAACCAAAUUUUUUGUUCAGUUUUCCAGAAACUUAUAUGAAUAUACUAGCAAAUACAUGGUCUCAAUAUACUAAAAAAAAAACGUUAUUUUUUAUUUCACGGGUCUGAUGUGGGCAUGAGAUUAUAAGCAGAAAUAAUGAUUGAUUUUGGUGUCAUUAUGGCAGAGCAGAUUAUGGAUUUAAUUGUGACUGGCAAUUGAUUACAAGACUCACAAAGAUUAGAUGCUUAGGAUUUUGCCCAAAGAGGCUGCUAGGUGAAGGGUCACUUUUUGUGCUUUAACGUUACAAGUGCGUGUGUAUGUGUGUGUGCUUAUUUGUGAGUCUGCCCUUGAUGUCGCCUCUGUGAGAACGCAGUCUCUGGUGGCCUAGACAAGGCCGUUUAUUUUCUUGUCAGAGCUGGAAUAAUACCUGUACCUGUGAAAGAGAGAGAGCUAGACAUGGAAAGAAAGAGAGGAUGGACCUUCAUUGUAUGGAAAACGGUGUAUCUCAGUCGGUUCACACAGAUAUACGGCAAUAUUUGCAUUUGGAUACUUUUGCGGUUUACAAUCAUGUUUUUCUUGUGUCAUCUAAGGUCUGCAGUGUUUGGUUGAAUUUACAUUCUGUGGAGUGGUUUUUUAAACUAUAUUGAGCAUAUGUUUGUUCUCUCACUGGCCAAUGAUGAGAUUUGAUUUUUAAAUUCAUGCUUGAAUACAUUAAAUACCAUGUCUCCUAAUGAUGCAAAUCAUUUAUCCAAUUCAUUUCUCUACUACUCAUGUAGUAGUAGUACUACAGAACAUCCUGAUCCCUUUCAUGACCAGUAUUCGUCUCAUUAGUUGAUGCUUUCAUCAUGGAAAGCUUGUGCAUAUAACUUUUUGAGGAGUGUUUGGCUGGCUCACUGAGGGUUUUGUAAAGCACUGUUUGUAAAAUUGUUUUGUGAUUGUGAAAGUGCAAUAUAAAGUGAAUUUAUAAUUAUCCGGAAAGAGCUACUGCAUUACCUGCACACUGGCUUUAAUUCAGGGUUAUUUCUAGUGACAGUUGUGUGUUUUUUUUUUCACUCAAUAGGGUUGGGAAUAAAUGCACAAUGGUAUGUUUUAAGAAUAUAUACGUUUGAGAUUAUGUUCCAGUCAUGAAAGCAAUGAGGUAACUUAACUCCGCUCUAAGAUUUUGUUUUUCCUAAGAGAUUUUUUUUUUCAACAAGCUUUGCAGUAUAGGUUAUAUCCUUCAUUUUUGGUUUACAAAAGGAUUUGAUGCCCAAAACCCAAGUAGUUAAAGGAAUUUUUCUUUUGAAAAAGAAAGAAAUAUGUUUUAUAAGUAUAUUGUAUGUUGUACAGCAGUAUUACUGAUCUGGUAAUGACCUCAGAGACUGAACUGGAAAGGAAAGCAGAUCUUCC